AUGGCAGAACAAAGUACAGCUGGAAAAGUCAGGAAAUACCUUAGGGGCAGAUUUACCGAGCUCCUCCCUAAGGAGAAAAAAGCUGGUGGGCAAGUGAGGAAAGAACUCAACCCUUUGCCGGCACUGCGCUCUAUUAACCUAAGAACGUGGUUGUUUGUUAUCGGGUCAUUUUCGUCGUUUGCCGCCGAGGCAACUGCUUUCUUCGUUGUUAAUUUGCACGUGAAACCAAUUGCCGAAGAGUUCGAUGUUUCAAUUACUAGCAUGACAUGGGGUAUCACGGCUGCCUUAAUGACGAGGACUAUUGGUGCUGUGAUAUUUGGUUGUAUUGGUGAUGCUUAUGGGCGGAAGAUAUCAUUUUUACUUAACUUAGGAAUUCUCGCUAUUCUAGAGAUCGCAAUAGCAUUCACCAAUAAUCUUCGGGACUUUAUUAUAUGUCGAGCACUGUUUGGUGUAGCUUUGGGCGGGUGCUUUGGAUCCGCUAUGAUGCAGUGUUUUGAUGAUCUUCCCACAGCCGCUCACAGUUUUAUAUCAGGUGUAUUUCAGCAGGCUUAUUCGUUUGGAUAUUUGUUCGCAGUGUUGAUCACUUGGAUGUUCAAAAGUACUGGGAUCCGAAACUGGAGAGCAUGCUUCUGGUUCCUUUCCGGAGUAAGCUUUCUGCUACUUAUCUUCCGCGCGUGUUUACCGGAGACCAAUGGGUUCUUGAAGACUCGUAGAUACCGCGAGUAUUGCAAGGCUAACGGUUUCAAGCAGCCAAGUACUUUUGUGCAGAUUUAUCUAUCAUUCAAAAAGGACUGGUACAUUGUUGGCUAUAUGGUAAUUCUCAUGGCCGGCUUCAAUUUCUUUUCUCAUUCGUCACAAGAUCUUUUCCCAACGAUGCUAACCGAACAGCUUGGGUAUUCGCUGCAGGAUUCAAUCUACACUAACCUAAUUGGUACUUUUGGUGCAAUUUUCGGUGGUCUCACUAUACCACAAUUUUCGAUAAUCAGCUCUCGCCGUCUAGUCAUCAUUUGCGCCUGCACAUUUGCAGCCGCAUUGGUAUACCCUUGGGGAUUUGUACACAAUUACACGAUUAACAUCACUGUAUUCUUCUUGCAAAUGUUUGUACAGGGAAGCUGGGGGCUAGUGCCUACCCAUCUAAACGCCCUAGUACCAGAUUCCCCAACGAAGGCAUUCUUUUCAGGUGUGUCGUACCAACUAGGUAACCUCGCCGCCAGUGCCUCAUCUACCAUAGAGAGUAUGCUGGCAGACACUUAUCCCCUCAAGGAUAGUAAUGGUCAAGUCAUGUAUAAUCCGGAUAAUGGCAAGCCGUUACAUGAUUAUGGAAGGGCAAUGGCAACUAUGUUCGGUUGCGUUGUUGUAUAUUUGUUUCUCGCUGUAUUUUUCGGCCCAGAAAGCAACCCUAACAAAGACUAUUCCUUAGCUAUAAUGGCAGCGAAAUCAGAAAACUCCCCCAUGGCUUUUGAAGACUUUGAGAAAGACUCUCAAAAAGAUGAACAGAGCCAAACCAGAAAAAGCUUAUCAUAA